AUGGCGGACUGGGAUGAUAUCAACCUCGAAGCGAAAUUGGAGAUGCUCUCAGUGCAGUUGUUGUAUUUUAUCCUUGGCUUAUACGGUUGGGAAUAUAUACGUUCCUUACAUGUGGAGAUAGCAUUGCUUCGGAGACAACUUGCAUUUCGAUGGGCUUUGCUCUCGUACAUUACCGCUCGGUUCAGCUUCUUGAUUGCGAUCGUGUGCCUUGCGACGCAAUUUAGUCCCUUCCCCACAGGAGUCGAUUGUCAGAGCAUGAAUACCUUCAUCAUGUUGGCGAUAAAUGCCGCCAUCGGUUGCUCCACAACAAAUUUGAUGGUCAGAACGUGGAUUAUCUGGACAAACAGUUACCUGCUGCGCCUUUUGCUAGUCGUCCUCUCACUAGGCCAUUGGACGAUUCUCACUCUCUUCGUUGCAAGCGCUCGCGCAUCUUCAACAAACGGGAUGUGCAUGAUCACUUUUGUCAACCCCGCAUAUUCUAGUGCAGUGGUCAUAUAUGGCAUGUCCUAUGAUUUGUUACUUUUGGUCUGGACCGUUGUUGGACUUUGGAGCAUAUCGUCCUCUACGCUAUGGAAGUUGCUCGUGAAACAAGGGGUGAUAUACUUCGUCAUAAAUCUGGUGGUAAACAUUAUCCUACUGCUAUCAUGGAUGGUAUCUUCGCAAUUCCUGCGGCAUGCAUUUGGUCGGAACUCUCGUUACAACUUCCUGUUGCACGAUUGCGUCCAGCCAAGUAGUACUCUCUCUCCUCCGUCCGUCCGACAAAGAGAGGUUCUUCUUUUUUUUCAUCCUUGUUUGCAGCUGUUGCGGAAGCCUAGGAGGGCAUUGGCUUAG